UUCGAGACGUGACUCCAACAUCGGUCAUAAUAGCAACGUCAAUCAAGACUUUUCCUCACAUACGUCACUACUUGAGCUCGCAGCUCACGUAGGAGUCUGACUGUUCUCUCUCCCAUAGAGAGCAAUUGCAUAUCCCUUGCCCGUACAAUCGCAACCCCACCACGCCGCAAUCAUGUCGACCUUCGGCCAGCACUUCAAGGUCACCACCUAUGGUGAGUCCCACUGCCUCAGCGUUGGCGCCAUCAUCGACGGCUGCCCUCCUGGUAUGCAGCUCACCGAGGCCGAUAUCCAGCCCCAGAUGACACGCCGCCGUCCCGGACAGUCCGCGAUCACAACGCCGCGAAAUGAGAAGGACAAGGUUGAGAUCCAGUCCGGUACUGAGUUCGGUCUCACACUGGGCACACCUAUUGGCAUCAGGGUCAUGAACGAGAAUCAGCGCCCCAAGGACUACGGCAACAAGACCAUGGAUAUGUACCCCAGGCCGAGUCACGCAGACUGGACCUACCUCGAGAAGUACGGUGUCAAGGCCAGCUCUGGUGGUGGAAGGAGUAGUGCACGUGAGACCAUUGGGCGCGUCGCUGCUGGCGCGAUCGCAGAGAAGUACCUGCGCGAAGCCUACGGCAUCGAGAUCGUUGCUUUCACAGCCUCCGUUGGCAACGUGUUCCUCUUCCCUCCCACACCGACCCACCCAACCGCCUCCACCAACCCUGAGUACUUGAAGAUGAUCGACACGAUUGACCGCAAGACUGUCGACUCUUUCUUGCCCGUGCGAUGCCCACACGAGGGGAGCAAUCAGCGCAUGGAGGAGCUCAUUGGAGAGUACAAGGAGAAGGAAGACAGCAUUGGUGGCACAGUGACAUGUGUCAUCCGCAACUGUCCUACCGGUCUGGGUGAGCCGUGCUUCGACAAGCUCGAGGCCAAGCUUGCGCACGCUAUGCUUUCCAUCCCAGCUACCAAGGGUUUCGAGAUUGGAUCUGGCUUCGGCGGUGCCCAGGUACCCGGGUCCAUCCACAACGACGCUUUUAUCAAGGCACCCGCCGUUCCCGCAGGUGCUAACGGCGGCUCAAACUACCCGCGACCAAGACUCACCACCAGGACCAACAAUUCUGGUGGUAUCCAGGGUGGUAUCACAAACGGCGCGCCGGUCUACUUCAAUGUGGCUUUCAAGCCCCCGGCCACCAUUGGCCAGGCCCAAGCGACCGCAACCUACGACGAGGCGGAGGGUGUUCUCGAAGCCAAGGGCCGGCACGAUCCGUGUGUGGUGCCUCGCGCGGUGCCCAUUGUUGAGACUAUGGCUGCGUUGGUCAUCAUGGAUGCAGUUCUGGCACAGCAGGCGAGAGCAGGUGCCAGGAGCCUGUUGCCGAUCCGCGAGGGUGUCGUACCCGUGCAGAAGUAGACUUGCAGAGUCGUUGUAACAUCUAGCAUCUUCCAUUCAAUUCUCAUACAUACAUAGACCUUGAUCUGGUGGAGAUGAUAUCCACCAAUCCAUUUAUUUGCACCGUAUACCGUUAGUUAAUACCUGCAAGAUACCCCGACAUGAAAGACGUGCGGUCGAUGCUUGCCUGUGUUGACAUUCUAGAUGUUCGAAGGAGUUCCUGUUACGAUGCUCGUGCCUAGAACGCGGGUGAUUAGUCUUCGGCCCUUUUGCUAGAAUGGUGUAUUUAGAAAUUCGGAUUGUUGAUUUCAACAUCCUCACACAGACAUCAAGAUUCCAAGUGAGAACCAGAUGGCAGAGGACCGCAAUACCGCGGUGAUGUAGCCGCCUGAUCAUUUCAUACGACUACAACAGAUCGUCGCCGAGUAGACAGCGUGAGUGAGCACAAGCCUAGAGUGAAGAAUUGUUCAGAAGGUCGCG